AUGUCAAAUAAAGAUACCCAAAAGCUUGAGAAACAACUAAUUCAUUAGUAAAUAUAAAUAGAAGAAUUAACUAAAGAAAAAGAAGCAUUAGAAUCCGUCUUAAGCCAAACUCGAAUCAAAUGCGAAGAUUACCAAAACGAAUAUGAAAAAGCCAUAAUAAUGAAAUCUCGUAUAAAUGAGAUUGUCUAAUCAGAAGUUUAAAAAAAAGAAACAAUUUUAAAUCUAUAAUUUGAAAAAAGACUAAAAGAAUUCGAAUAUUUUAAAGACAGGCAUAAUUAAUAAAUUUUACGUAUUUAAAUAUUAGAAUAAGAAAACCAAAAUAAAGAUUCCCAAAUAAAAAGUUUUAGAAGAGAACUUAAAUAGGCUUUGAAAAAACAAUAUGAAGGCUUUCAAGAAUAAUAAUGGGAAUAAUAAAGAAAAGAGGAAAUGCACGAAACAUAAGAUUUAAGAAAAAAAUUUGGAAAAGAAGUCCAAUCUUAUAAUGAUUUGAGUGAAAAAAUGAGUAAUAUUUUAGCUGAAAAUAGAGUUUUGAGAAAACUAGCUAAAGUCCCUGAAAAUUAUGGGUUUAAUAUUGAAGAUAUUAAGACUUCAGAGCAGGCUAAAAUUGAAGAUUUUAAAGCCCAAAUAAGGUAUUUAGAAAAAGAAGUGGAAGAUUUAGAAGGAGAGAGAAUUUAGUUAAGAAAUAGGCUUAGAAUCCAAGCUAAUCUAUUUGGUUAGAAUCCUUAGGGCGAAAGAUAUGCUAAUUUAACUUAAGUUUAAUUAAUAUAAGUCGAUGAAUUCGUCUCAAAUUUAAAAAAUAAACUUUUCACAAAUAAUAAAAUGGAUGAGACAAAAGCUUAAAUGCAAAAAAAAAUUAGUUAAUUAGAAUUAAAAGUUUAUCAAUUCGAAAGAUAAUAGUCUGAUUCGGAGAUUAAAACUCAAUAAAAAAGCAUUUUUUCAGAAAAAGACAUAUAAAAAUUAAUAAAAUAAAACGAUGAUUUAAAAAAAACUUUAGAAGCAAUAACGAAUUAAUUAAAUAUAGUUUAGUAUUCUAAUUUACAAAAAGCACCUUAACCAUUACCUGGAUAAUUUGGAGAUUGGGACGAUAUUUAAAAAGUGAGAAGUUUAAAAUUUUAAUAGAUUACUCCGGCAGAUUUCUUCGAUUCAUAUAAUAGUGGAGGAUUCGAUAAAACACUCGCAAAAUAUUAAAUUGCUCAAUUAUAGGUCAUGAAUUUAGAAUCAAUGCAUAUUAUGGCAGAAAAAGAAAAAGAAAACAUAGUUGUUUUAGGUGAAUUGGAAGAAAUUAAAGUUAAGUUGGAACAAUGUUUACUUAUUUAGGAUAAUUUGUAUGAAACCUAUUAUGAAAAAAAUAUGUAGUUCGAAUAGGAAAUUAAGCUUUUGAAAGAAUAGAUAAAUGAUAAAAGUAUUUAGGUAGAAAUUCUUAAAUCGGAAUUAAAUGAGUAUAAAAAUGUAGUUGCUAUGCAUAAGAAUAAUGAUUAAGAUAAAAUGAUGUAAAAAAUCGCAGAAAAUGCUCAAAAAGUUUCAAUUUUAGAUACAAAUUUAAUAAAAGUAACAAGAUAAUAUUAAUAUGUAAAUUCACUCUAUAAUGAAAUAAACGAUUCUUAUAAAAAUUAUACUACUGAGUUUUUAAAUAAGGAAUAAUUACUUAUUGAAAAAAUACAUAGUUUAAUGUAAUGGAAAUCAAAAGCCUAACAUUAUAUGCAAUAAUUACUUAAAGAACUUUAAAAUUCAAUAAAAAAAAAUAAUUAUGAUAUUUUAAGAUAAAAAUAUGAUAAAACUUAAGAUGAAAUUGUCAAUUUAAAAGAAAGAAAUACCGAAUUAUUAUAAUAAAUUCAUAAAUUAAAAAAUAGUGAUAGAGAAUUAUUUGAAAAAAAUAAAAAAAUUGGUAUAAUGGAAGAAGAAAUAGUAGAAUUAUAAUUAGAAUUAGAAAUGGUAAAAAAUAUGUUAUAAGUAGUUGAUCCGACCUAUAAAAAUUAUUAAAUUGCCUAUCAAAAGUUAAUUGAUUUAAUGUAGUAAAAAGGUAUUUCACCAAUGUAAGUUUUCCAAUAAAUUGAUGAAAACAGAGACGGAUCUUUAGGUCCGAAAGAAUUUUUAUAAGCAAUGAAAAAAUUGGAGCUGAAUUUUACCAAAACAGAAGUAGACAUACUUUUUAGAUUUAUGGAUUUUGAUGGAAAUAAUAAUAUUGAUUUAAAAGAAUUUCAAAGAAAAUUAAGAAGAUCAGGACUUAAUUUUAAGAAAACUUAAGAAAAAAUAAUAUUUGAUUUAUGGGAAAAAAUUUAAUAAGCAGGAUUAAGCUUAGGUGAAGUUUUUAAAGCAUUCGAUAAAGAUGGUAGUGGAGAAGUUUCUAAGAAUGAAAUGCAUGAUACUUUAAAAAUUUUAUUACCAAAUAUAGACUAAGAAACAGUUGAUUAUGUUUAUGAAUUAGCAGAUACAUCAGGAGAUUAAAAAAUCAGUUAUUUAGAAUUUCAUUCUUUAUUCGAAAAUAUUAUCUAAGAUAAUAUAAGGUAAUUUUUUUAAUUGUACAAAAGAAAAUUGUUUUUUUCAAGAGAAAAAUUAUUAAUGACAGUAGAAGAAUUAAGCUGGUAAAAAUAAGUAGUUUUAAAAAUAGAUGAAGCUAUACAUUAAUAAGGUCAAUAUAUAAAAGAUUUAUAUUAAUUAAUAGAUAAUGAUAAUAAUUCUGAAAUUACAAUAGAUGAAUUCGAAGGUAAUUAUUUUAAUAAUAAAAAAAAGCGUCUUUACAAAGUUAAAAUUAAUAAUAUCAAAAGAAGAAUUAAAAGAUUUAUUUAAUGA